AUCUCAAAAUGUCAGCCUCUAUGUUAAAAUUCUUCCGGUACAUUUCUAUCUUUUUAAUCAGCCGUUACCCAUUUGUCAAUGUCGUCACACUCGCAUUACUUCUUGGGGAGAGGGCUGAGAGGGAGAAGGAACCUCCACUCUCACCAAAUCUCAUCUAUGGUCACAUGGUAAUGAUGGUUGUCAUGGGUUGUAUGAUGACAUUUAGACUACGCAGAGAUCAAGCAGCCACUGUGUUUGCAGGACAGAUGUUAUAUCUUGCAUAUACAUUCUUCACAGUUAAUGCAAUGAAAUACAAUGAUUGGCUAAGGAUCAGGAUGUCAAGUCGAAUGGUAGGUGUGGCUGGAAUCUUCCUGUUAUUUGGUUUCCUCGCAGGGAAGAAAGACAGUCGGAAUUUGCAGCUAAAACGUCUAUCUGAAAUAACCAUUGGAGUCUACAUCCUGGCCUAUUGCUACAGUAUCGUCAAUAGUCCUGAAGAUCGUAAAUCAUUCACUGAUUUAAUAUACGGAGGACAACCAAUGCUUUAUGUCAUAGUAACGGCACUAAUGACAUGCUGUUUAUGUCACCUUGGAGGUUUCUUUAUAUUUGACAUCUCACUGGUGUUAGCCAUUACACUGAGUAUCAUGACAUUGUGCAUUGACUGCAGGGUGCAAUAUUGGACUAGAAAACGAGGGAUUGAUUACUGGAAUCAAAUGAGAUUAAUCAUGGAUAAUGUGUGUGUAAUAACUGGUCAAGUGAUGGUGCUUACUGUUUUCAAGAGGAAGACUUAUACCGAGGAACCUCCCACAGAGCAUGGUGAGGAUGAGGGGCUUCCUCCUAUGGAUGCAGGGGAGGACACUCCUGGUACAUUAAAUGAUGAGGAUGAUGAUCAUGAACACAAGGAUUAAACAAUGCAGAACAGUGAACAUAUGUUCUGGUACAACUGGAUACAUGUGUUCUCUUAAGAGGCUCUAACAAUACAGGAGUGUCAGUGGGAUAUUGAAAAAGUGAAUAGUGAAAGUGUUCACAUCUUAAGGUGUUCUGUUAACAAAGUUUUAUACAUUUUGCUUGAUUUAAUGUAUAUCUUUUCUGUACUCCUUGUACUGUAUUAGUUGUACAGUUGUUUCCCAUUUUGAAACAAGUUUUGCUUAAAAGUAUAUUAAUUUUAAACCUUUACAUUAAGAAAUAUUAUGUUGAAUCUAUGGGAAUAAACUUUACAAUGUAUAGCACCAAUAAUACCUCCUAGUCUUUCUGAUAGCUGGAGAUCUAUUAGCUCAGCCAUGACAUUACAAGGAGUAGGCUUUGCAGAGCUUCUUAAAUACUGUACUGACAUGACC